CAAUGGUUGUCUGACGUUAUGGGGUAAAAGCGGGAUCUCUAUUUCGAGGGUGGGGGAUAGGCGAGUAGCACUUUUAAUAUGAGUAUUAGGCGAGAUAAGAUAGGUCUGGCAAAGUAUCUAGAUAAUUUUGAGUCUACUAUAUAUAUAUGCUUAUGUCUUCGGUGCACUCACAUUUUUGGGUGCAUUCAAUGCACUCGCUUCAUAUUUAUCAUUAUGAGUAUGCGAUUCAUGUCAAAACAAUGUUAAUCAUCACGUAUGAUACGAUGAAAAAGAAACCCCAUGAAUUAGCACAUAAAUUAUUCAAAAUUUACAUUAAUUUGAAGAAAUUAUGGUUUAUAGAUUUAGGGUUAGGGUUAGGGUUCAUGAUUUGGGGUUUAGGGCAAAAGUUCAAAAUUGAAGGUUUAGGGUUUAGGGUAAUGCAUUGAUUAGUUGUGAUCUUAUAUUAUAUUAUCAUAUUACACUAAUCUUACCAAUUAAAAUAAAAAUUUGAUGUCUUAAGACUACUUUUAGAGUUGGGUGCAUUGAAUGCACUCAUUUUUGUGAGUGCACCGAAGUAGCCACCAUAUAUAUAUAUAUAUAUAUAUAUAUAUAAAAUAUCAAGGUAUACUAUCUUUGCAUUUUACUCAAGAUACGAUAGAAGAUAGGUAUGACAAAGUAUUUGCAUAAAUUAGAGGUUAGAGAAUUAGGGAUUAGAGUUCACCUAUUAGAAGUUAGGGUAUAGUAUCAUGCCCCAAAAAACUCCGAAGUCUAAAUAGUAAAACUCAAUGGUCGUGUGGUAGCGUGUGUGUGGUUCAGGUUGCCGUACGCUAAAUACUAGUGUUUUGGCUGACAAAUUUUGACAUAAGUUAUAAAUGGGACGUGACAGCGACAUAAUUAUGAUUAGAAAACCGAAGCAUCAAAAGUGAGUGUGCUAAAUAUUGGAAAUUUUCAAUAUAGACAUACUACAAACUCUUUUAUGAAUAAAGAACACAAAAUAUUUAGAAGAUCCAAAAUGAUUUAAAUAUAUAAAUAAGUUAAUUAAUAUAAAUUAUAAAAUAAAUCUCUCCGGCCAACGGGUCGGGUAAAAAGCUAGUAAUAGGAAGGAAAGUGCGUUUAGUACAUUCCUAUAGUCCUACUAGGCUACUACCUAUUAUGUAAAUAUUAAUAUAUGGAUGACCAAUGGCCUACCACAUUAGAUGCUCACUUGGGAGUUACAUGUAACUCCCAUUCCUAUAUUAUUAUCUCUAAUUUAUAUGCAUUGAUGUAAGGGUGUAGUGGUUACCAAAUGGUGCCUAUAAAUAGAGCACACUAUUGUAUCACAAAUGGAGUAUGAAUAAGAAGAACUAUUCCCCUCACUUCUUUUGUGUCUUUCCUCCUCCAAUCCUCUCUUGUAGUUGCUUACAUUUCCAUUAGUUUUAUAACACGUUAUCAGCACGAAACUCUUCCGUUUGAAAAGAUUAAAUUCACAAUUGUUCUGCUCAAGGUAUGUCGAUUCUCCCAAAUUGUUUCUUUUAUUGUCCUAUUUCAAUUUACAUAAUUUCAUUUAUUAAUCAACACAUGAAAUCUUUGUUUGAGAAUGCAAAGGUAUAAUUUCCUUCUUAAUAUUUUUUUUUUAUUUUGAAAUUCGAAUUUAUUUAUAUAUUUGUAAAAAUAUCAAAUUGAUAUAUCAUGGGUCACAUAAGUCGUUUGUCUUGAUAGUAAUCUAUAUUUAUUUAUUGAAUUUUGACUUUAAUUUGUGUAUAUUUUUAUGAUAGUAUGUCGAACCUUUCAAAGCUUGAGUUUGUGGCUCUUGAUGUCACUGGAAAGAAUUACCUAUCAUGGGUGCUAGAUGCUGAAAUUCAUUUAGCUGCCAACGGUCUUGGAGACACGAUUAAAGAGGGCAAUGAAGCAUCAGAUCAAGACAAAGCUAAAGCAAUGAUCUUUCUUCGACAUCACCUCCACGAGGGAUUGAAGAAUGAGUAUCUUACGGUCAAAGAUCCACUUAUUUUGUGGACUAAUUUGAAGGAGCGGUAUGACCACCAAAAAACUGUGAUUCUUCCUAAGGCUCGUUAUGAUUGGAUGCAUUUGAGGUUACAAGAUUUUAAAUCUGUGAGUGAUUAUAAUUCGGAGCUAUUCAAAAUAACCUCACAACUACUGUUAUGUGGAGAAAAUAUUACUGAUGAAGAUAUGUUGGAAAAAACAUUCUCCACUUUUCAUGCAUCCAAUGUGCUCCUGCAGCAGCAAUACCGUGAGAAAGGUUUCAAGAAAUAUUCUGAGCUGAUUUCUUGUCUCCUUGUUGCUGAACAAAAUAAUGAGCUCCUAAUGAAAAAUCACCAAUCUCGUCCUACUGGUGCCGCCCCAUUCCCAGAAGCGAAUGCGGCGACGUUCACCCAAUAUCCUUAUGGGCAAAUACAUGGACGUGGACAUGGACGAGGACGUGGGCGUGGUCAUGCUCAUGCUCGAGGUCGUGGCCGUGGCCGAGAUCUUGGCCGUGGUAAUGGUCGUGGUGAAAGUUCCAAAAGCUCAUUUUUCCCCAGAAGUGGAAAAAAUGAUGGUAGGAGAAGCAAGGAACAAAGUGUUCAUGGUAACAAACACGUCGAAAAUGUGUGUUACCGUUGUGGUGGAAAAGGUCAUUGGUCUCGUACCUGUCGUACGCCAACACACUUGGUUAACCUCUACCAAGAAUCAUUGAAAGGGAAGAAGAUAGAAACCAAUUGUAUUUUUGAGGAAGAUGAUUCAGGAAAAGACUAUAAUGAUGCUACUCAUCUAGAUGUGUCCGACUUCUUUGCCCACCCUGAAGGAAAAAUAGAUCACCUGAUUGGUGAUGGGAAUGUUCGCAAGUGAAAAACUUAGCAUUUCCAUUUGAAAUUUCUAUUUCGUUGUCGCUUUGUUCACAAGUGAAAAGUUUGGGUUUCCCAUUUGAAAUUUCACUUUCUUUGUCGUUUUCCUUGAGUGUGUUUUUCCUAUUAAUGUGUCAGUUUAAUAUAAUUUCUCUUUAUAAUCCUUAUGUGGUUAAAUUUCAUCUAUUAUAAUCAUGUUAUUAUUUUUAUAUUUGUUUGGAGAUAUUUUCUUAUAUUGAUUUACUUUCUAUCUUUUGUGAAGAAUGAAUAUUCCCAUGCUUGGCACCAAGAUAAAAAACCAUGAUGUGUGUCUUAUUGAUAGUGCAUCGACACAUACAAUCUUGAAGGAUAAGAAAUAUUUUUCUCAUCUUGAAAUGCGAGAAGCAAAUGUUAGUACUAUAUCUGGAAGUACAAAUCUAAUUGAAGGCUCCGGAAGAGCUAGUGUAUUGUUACCAGAAGGAACCAAGUUGUAUAUCAAUGAAGCCUUAUACUCUUCAAAGUCCCAAAGAAAUUUAUUGAGUUACAAAGAUAUUCGCCGAAAUGGAUAUCAUAUUGAGACAAAGGAAGAAGAGAAUAAAGAGUAUAUUAUGAU